AUUGAUUCAUUAAGGUAAGUUGCUUACAUGGACUGCGGAGCAGCGGAUCUGCUCCGACCUGUUGCAGAAAUAACCGUUUGAUGACUUUAAAUAUAGAGCCAGCUGUUAUCGGCAUCUUCGUGAGAUAUGAGAUUGCAUUGAACCAUCAUGUCGUCCGUAAUACCGCGUCUGGCAGUAGUAGCCGCUGGGGCCAUGGGCGCUGCCGUAGCGAAACGUCUGACCAGCUUCGGCUGCACAGUCUACACCGACCUUAACGGCCGCUCUGAAGCCACGCGAAAGCGAGCACAAGAUGCAGGGAUGAUUGACCUCUCUGUCGACGAACUUGUGCUCAAGUCGGACUGGAUUUUGAGCAUUUUACCGCCAAGAGAUGCUGUGUCGUUUGCCGAAAAGAUACAGGAAGUUGCUGCAAAACACGGGAGCGCACUACCCUCCCCACGGACGUUCGUUGACUGCAACGCUGUCAAUCCGGAAACAGUAAAACGUAUCGCGGCACUUUUUGCAGGGACAAGCAUCGGGUUUGUCGAUGCUGGCAUUAUUGGAGGGCCCCCGAAAGGCGACCAAAAUCCUACCUUCUACGCGUCAGCAGAAGAUGUGAGAAUUUUGGAUGAAUUCACUGCAUUGUCCAAGUAUGGUUUGAAAGUAUCUCCUCUGAAAGGAGAAGGCGUGGGGGUCGGAGACGCUAGCGCACUAAAGAUGUCGUAUGCUGGAAUAACAAAGGGAACAACAGGAUUGUAUACCACGAUGGUGCUAGCGGCUCAUGCAUCGUCGCCUGCGACCGCAGAUGCUCUCAUGAGAGAGCUACAAACGUCGCAGCCAAUUUUGUUGGACCGUCUGGUUAAGACUGUACCGCCCAUGGUACCGAAGGCGUACAGAUGGAUUGGGGAGAUGGAAGAAAUUGCUGACUUCGUUGGUGGGAGCGAGGGAGACGUCUACCGGGGUAUAGCGAAGUCGAUAGCGGGUGAUCAGGAGGACAUAACGACGUUGAAGAAUUUUGUGGAGAAAGCAAAGGAAUCACACUAGGAUAGACUAGGAUCCAACUUGAAGGCGACUCACAUCAAUUGGAAAAUGGUUGAUAGGAUGAAGUAAGUGGUUAACGUUGGUUACAGCAACAUAAAUGAAC